GAAGAGGAGGAUGCAGUUUUUGGAGUGAAAGAGGAGGAGGGGGAGAUGACUGUCACAUUGAAAGAGAAGGAGGAAGAAGAGGAGGUUGGAGAUCUGUUUAACACCAGAGAGAGACGUGACUAUCCUGGAUCCUCUGGGGAGCCUCAACAACAUCAUGAAGCUGAAGAGGUAGAAAAAAGUCUCUCCAGAUCAAAACACCCUAAGAAACACCAGCAGAGACCCACAGGGAAGAAAUCUCACCACUGCUCUGACUGUGGAAAGUGUUUUGUUUCUUCAGGAUGUUUAAAAUCACACCAGAGAACACACACAGGAGAAAAACCUUAUAGCUGUGAUCAAUGUGGGAAGAGAUAUGUUACAUCUAGCGGUCUGACUAAACACCAGAGAAAGCACACAGGAGAGAAACCUUAUAACUGUAACCAAUGUGGGAAGAGUUUUACUCAAUCAUCCAGUCUGAUAUUACACCAGAGAACACACACAGGAGAGAAACCUUAUAGCUGUACUCAAUGUGGGAAGAGUUUUACUCAGUCAUUCAGCCUGAUAUUACACCGGAGAACACACACAGGAGAGAAACCCUAUAUCUGUGCGCAAUGUGGGAAGAGAUUUGCCUCCUCAGCAGACAUUAAAAUUCACCAGAAAAUCCACACAGGAGAGAGACCUUUUAGCUGCUCUGACUGUGGAAAGAGUUUUGUUCGCUCAGGACAAUUAAAAUCGCAUCAGAGAACACACACAGUAGAGAAACCUUAUAGCUGUAAUCAAUGUGGGAAGAGUUUUACUCAGUCAGGCAACCUGGUAUCACACCAGAGAACACACACAGGAAAUAAACCUUUUAACUGUGAUGAAUGUGGAAAGAGUUUUACUACAUCUAGCAAUCUGAUUGUUCACCAGCAGACACACACAGGAGAGAAGCCUCAUAGCUGUGAUCAUUGUGACAAGAGAUUCUCUGAUAAAAGAUCUCUGCUCAAACAUCAGAAAAUACAUACAUGAAGGAGUUGUUUCAUGAUAUAAAUGAAGUAAUGUCACAAUGUAGAAUGUUUUAACAUUGUAGUAGGAGUAUAUUCAUGAUGUCACAGUGUAGAAUAUUUUAACAUUGUAUAAGGAGUAUUUUAAUAAUGUCACAAUGUAGAACCCUAAACGUUUGAUCCCUGUUCUAUUGAUUUCAGCAUGAUAUGGAUAUUAGCCUCAGGGGCAAAAUCCAGGCUCUGAAUUGAAAGAGUUACUGUUUAUGUGAUUAAACAAAAAGUUACUAACAAAAAAAGUUGUUACACUUACCACGUUUGUGACACACUGGAAUCACAAUGUAACACUUCAAAAUGUAGCUAGCUGUUUACCACGUUGGUGACCCACUGGAAUCAAAAUGCAACACUUCAAAAUGUAGCUAGCCGUUUUCUACAAAUUGUCCUCUAACCAGUGAUGUACACAUUAUUCCCAGAUUCCGUGUGGUCUUUGAGCUGUUAGUUUUAACAGAGACAUUACACUUACAACAUUUGCGACUGUGACACAAAAAUUAUGUAUUUACCUCAUUUGGGGGAUAUUUAACAAUUAUUUACUUAACAAACAGUAAGAUAUUUCUGUCCUGCUAAUGCUGAGUUUUAUGGUGUCCACUCUAGCUUCCUGCAGCUAGUCUGGGUGUUGAGGACAUGGGUUUUACCAGAGAUAGCUUGAAGCUGACAAUUGAUUGAUGUCUUGUGAUUAAAAACCAAACAGCCACAUUCCAUUCUAUGAUUAGUGGCAUGUGAGACAUAUGUCUCCGGUCUGAUUGAGCCAGCAUUCCAUAGACAAGAUAUGGUGUAUGUUUAGCUGGGAUAGAGAGGAGUAGAACAAAGGCCUCAAUGGUCCUUAUACAUCCUGGCAUCUGGGAAAUUAGACAAGGGUCCGGGGUUUAAUAUAACACCAGGUGCAGAUGAAGACAGGAUGAGCCCAAAGUGGCUUAUGGUGCCCCCCAAUCUACAUGGGAGGGGUGGAACCAAGCAUUCUGGGUAUUAGCUAUAUAAACUGUGCGUUGUCUGUAAAGGGUAGGCUCUCAGACUAACAGUCAGUUAAGACUGUUGGGCUGAUGGUUUCAUUAUUGCAAUAAUUAAUAAAUGUUAAAUAAAGAUGAUUGUUUGAAGAAA